GCAAGUCCUCCUCAAGUAUCGGCAUCGUCACAUCACGACUUCCACAUACCCAGAUAUUUCACUAGAUAUAUACUCUUGGCCAUGUACAGGAUUCCUCAAUAAGUCCGAAAAUGAACUAGCUCCCUAAGCAUGUCAGCGCAGUCAGCGGCAGCCCCCCCUGUUCCAACUCGACGUGGACGCUGCGCAUCUAACGGUUUUCCAACGUGGGGGUACAGUUUAGAUAUCGGAUCCAACAUUACUUCCUGUUGCAACAUCUUGUUACGACUCUCCCUGGCUACUGUAACAAAAUGACUCCGUCAACUGGCAUAGGAAUAUAGGCAUCACUAUCAGAUAAACCAUGUCUAACUGGGAAGAACUCGUGCUCACCGCUCAAAAACAUCGCGAUGCAACUAUCUCCAUUCUCGACCCUCCCCUGCCUGACCUACCAGUGACAGCCAACUUACCCAAGAAUCUAACAAGCAUCCCAAGAUCCGUCUUAUCGCCAGUAGAAAUUGGUAUUACCGAGACUCCUAUCGAUGAAUUACUUGCCGCAUUGGCAACAGGCAGAUUGAGCUCCGUCACUGUCACAAGAGCUUUUCUCAGAAGGGCGGGGGUAGCUCAAAGCCUUGUAAGUUAUUUUGAUAACCACCCUGAUUUAUUCGGCUGAUAAUUGUGAAAGGUUAAUUGCGUGUUUGAAUUGGCUCCCCAAGAAGCUCUUACAAGAGCAAAAGAGCUCGAUGAUUUCUCCGAGGAACAUCAGAAGACUGUUGGUCCGUUGCAUGGGUUGCCCGUGAGUGUGAAAGCCUUGAUAUCUUGGAAGGGAUUGAGGACGACUGAAGGACUUGUUGCUGCGCUCGCAAAUACCGCGACGAAUGAUGCUCCAAUCUUGGCUCUGGUCAGGUCAUUGGGAGCUGUCCCUUUUGUGAGAACUACGGAGCCUCAGGGCGUUGUAAGUUUUCCUGUUUAGAAUUCUCUUCUCACUCCUCACAGUGAGAAAAAUUUGAUACCGGCCUGAGAUAUCCGAAUCUUACUGAUGGAUACAACCCAGAUGAUGUUAGAAACCCUCAGUCCAAUCCACGGCUCAACCCUCAACCCCCACAACACCUCUCUAACACCAGGCGGUUCCUCCGGCGGCGAAGGCGCACUCCUCGCCCUCCUCGCCAGUCAAUUAGGACUAGGAACUGACAUCGGUAAGUUGCCCCCCCCCCAACCCAAUUCCAAAUACCAAAAGCCUAACACCACCCAGGAGGCAGCGUCCGCUCCCCCGCAGCAAACUGCGGCAUCUACACCCUCAAACCCAGUGCCUUCCGUCUUCCGCUGGCAGGAAUCCACGUUUUCUUCAGUGGGUGUGAGAUGGUCCCGGCAACAGUCGGACCUAUGUCGCCGUCUCGAAAGGGGAUUGCGAUUUUCAUGGAGAGUGUACUGGGUACUAGACCUUGGGAAAGGGAUCCGAGUUUACUUCCUAUUCCGUGGCAGAAAUUGGAAGAUCCAUUCGAACCCAAGCUUAAUAUUGGGGUUAUGUGGGAUGAUGGGGUUGUUAAGCCAUCGAAGGCGAUGAGUAGAGCGCUGACAGAGGUUGUUAAGAAGCUUGAAGGGAAUCCGAGGUUUAGGAUUGAGAGGUGGGAGCCGUUUAAGCAUAAAGAGGCUGUGGGAAUUCUUGUUAGUCGUCUUCUUUUCGUGGUAGGGUCACAUGUUCCUCGUUAUUCUAACUUCGUUCUUUUCCUAGGAGAAGCUAUACUCGCCCGAUGGCGGCCAAGCUUUCACAAAAGCAUUAGCGAAAUCUGGGGAACCAAUGCACGAACUCACAGACUACCGUUUGGUUUCCGGGCCUGGAGUAGAAUCGUUAUCAUUACAAAGCUACUGGGACUGGACCAUGGCCCGAAACAUAUUUCGUGCAAACUACCUGCAAGGUAAAUCUGCCUCCACUAUUUGAAGAUCUCGAGUUAAUUUAUUACAGAAUGGUUAGAGAAAGCUCCCCAAAUGGACGUGAUACUUUGUCCUCCUCAUCCAGGAGCAGCUCCACCGAUAGGCACAACAAAAUACUGGGGGUAUACUUCAGUAUGGAAUCUCCUGGAUUAUCCCGCUGCUGUAUUUCCCGUAACGAGGGUUGAUGCGGAUCUUGACAGUGAAGAUUCAGAUUAUAAUUCGAGGAGUGAAGUCGAUGAUUGGACUCAUAGUCAUUUUGACGCGCAAAAUCAGGCGGGGGCACCGGUAUGUUUACAAUUGGUUGGUAAAAGAAUAGAAGAUGAAAAGGUGGUCCAAGCCAUGGAUGAGAUCUGUGAAGCAGCUGGGUUGCCUUUUAUAGAUUGUUUAAGAUGAUACUGGUGUCAGACUUGCAACUAGUAACAACAAUCAUGGCCAGACCUGCUCGCCCAGACGCCUAAACAUUUUUCUUCUUAGAGAUACAUGCCUGUUGAUAGGUUGCACAGUGAGAAAUAGUGAUAUUAGCAUGGGGUGUUAUGGGAAAUCCAAGGAAUAUUAGAAACGCGACAGCCAUGUUUAUUGGUAUCUACAGUUUCUGCUGCAAGGCUCCAUCAGGCGUUGAACUUGACCAGUUCUACAGUGUUAAGAAAAACAAAUAAAGUUGGAGGCUAUAUAUGAGGUUGUCUCUAAGACACAAGAUCUUACAUGUUAGCAAUCAUUACUAAGAUGACCAUAAUUCAAAAGGGUCGUAGAUUGUGG